AUGGGGGAUGUGAAGCUGGCUGCCUCAACACACGUUUCUAAAAGCUCCCUCAGUAUGGAUCACUCAAGAUUCGGCUCCAUGCCCCUGACCGAAGCUCCUGCUUUCAUUUCACCCCCUCGGAACCUCUGCAUCAAAGAAGGAGCCACCGCCAAGUUUGAAGGGAGGGUCCGGGGUUACCCAGAGCCCCGUGUGACGUGGCACAGAAAUGGGCAACCCAUCACCAGUGGAGGUCGCUUCCUGUUGGAUUGUGGUAUCCGCGGGAGUUUCAGCCUUGUGAUUCAGGCCAUCCGUGAGGAGGACAUGGGAAAGUAUACCUGUGAAGCUACCAAUGGUAGUGGUGCCCGCCAGGUGACAGUGGAGCUGACAGUGGAAGGGGGCUUUGAGAAGAAGCAUGUUCAGCCUGUCUCCAAAACUAUGGGGGACAGAUUCAUGUCCCCUGCAGCAGAGACCCGUCCCAGCAUCUGGGGAGAGUGCCCACCAAAGUUUGCUACCAAGCUGGGCCGUGCAGUGGUCAAAGAAGGACAGAUGGGACGAUUCUCCUGCAAGAUCACUGGCCGGCCCCAACCACAGGUCACUUGGCUCAAGGGAGAUGUUCCCCUGAAGCCAAGUGCCCGUGUGUCUAUGUCUGAGAAGAAUGGGAUGCAAGUUCUGGAAAUCCACAAGGUCAGCCAAGAUGAUGUGGGAGUGUACACAUGCAUGGUGGUGAAUGGUUCAGGGAAGGCCUCCAUGUCAGCGGAGCUUUCCAUACAAGGUUUGGACAAUGCCAAUAGGUCAUUUUUGAGGGGAACAAAGGCAGCCAAUUCAAAUAUCAGGAAGGAAGUGACCAAUGGAAUCACGCAGGGGCUGAAACUGGACAGCGUAGAAACUACAGCUGAAAGUAGAAACUGCUCCAACACCCAAAGAGGUGGCUCCCCAACCUGGGCCACAAGUAGCCAGAUUCAGCCUCUGAGAGAAUCCAAGCUGGAGCCGUCUGGGGACUCACACAGAAAGACCCUGAGGACCCCAAUCCUGCAGAAGACUUCCAGCACCAUCACCCUGCAGGCCACAAAAGUCCAGCUGGAAUCUAAAGCACCAGUCUCAGGCUCCCUCCUUUCUUCCAGAGAAGAGGGGGAGAGGCCAGCUGUUCCCCAUCCAGCCACCCUCCCCACAAGACAGUCUGGCCUGGGAACCCAAGAAGCUGUGAACAAGGUUGCUACCAGGAAAAUCCCCAUGGAGAGCCAGAGGGACUCAACAUUCCCCAAAUUUGAGAGCAAGCCCCAAAGCCAGGAAGUCUGUGAAGAUCAAACUGUCAAGUUCAGAUGUGAGGUUUCAGGUAUUCCGAAGCCCCAAGUGACCUGGUUCCUAGAAGGUGCCCCUGUGAGAAGACGAGAAGGCACCAUGGAGAUUUAUGAAGAUGGUGGAUCCCAUUAUCUCUGCCUACUGAGAGCCCAAGCAAGGGACAGCGGGAACUACAGCUGCACAGCUUCCAAUGUCCUAGGUCAGGUGUCCUGUGACUGGACGCUCCUUGUGAAAAAAAUGGCCGUGAUGGAGGUGGCCCCCUCAUUCUCCAGUGUCCUAAAGGACUGCACCGUCAUUGAGGGCCAGGACUUUGUGCUGCAGUGCUCAGUGCAGGGGACCCCAGUGCCCCAAAUCACUUGGCUGAUAAAUGGGCAGCCCAUCCAGUAUGCUCACUCCACCUGUGAGGCUGGCGUGGCUACGCUCCACAUCCAGGAUGCCCUGCCGGAGGACAAUGGCACCUAUACCUGUCUGGCUGAGAACCCCUUGGGGCAGGUGUCCUGCAGCGCCCAGGUCACUGUCCAUGAAAAGAAGAGCGACAGGAAGAGUGAGUACCUCCUUCCCACGGCUGCUGGCAAGCCCGUCGCACCCCAUUUCCUGCAGGGCCUCUCUGACCUCAAAGUCAUGGAUGGGAGCCAGGUCACCAUGACAGUCCAGGUGUCAGGGAACCCGCCGCCUGAGGUCAUCUGGCUUCACAAUGGGAACGAGAUCCAGGAGUCAGAGGACUUCCACUUUGAACACAGAGGCACUCGACACAGCCUCUGUAUCCAGGAGGUGUUCCCUGAGGACACGGGCACUUAUACCUGCGAGGCCUGGAACAGCACUGGGGAGGUUCGAACCCAGGCUGUGCUCACCGUGCAAGAGCCUCAGGAUGGUACCCAGCCCUGGUUCAUCAGUAAGCCUCGCUCGGUGACAGCCACCCUGGGCCAGAGUGUCCUCAUCUCCUGUGCCAUAGCUGGUGACCCCUUCCCCACCGUUCACUGGCUCCGAGAUGGCAAAGCCCUCUCCAAAGACACUGGGUACUUUGAGGUGCUGCAGAAUGAGGACGUGUUCACCCUGGUUCUAAAGAACGUGCAGCCCUGGCACGCCGGCCAAUAUGAAAUCCUGCUCAAGAACCAGGUUGGCGAAUGCAGUUGCCAGGUGUCACUGAUGCUACAGAGCAGCCCUACCCGAGCCCCACUGCGGGGGAGGGAGCCUGCCAGCUGUGAGGGCCGCUGCGGCCGAGGAGCUGGUGCUGAUGGUGGCGAUGGUGACUGCUAUGGGACCCUGAGGCCUAGCUGGCCAGCAAGGGGGCAGGGUUGGCCAGAGGAGGAGGACUGCGAAGGCGUGAGGGGCGUGCUGAAGAGGCGUGUGGAGACCCGGCAGCACACGGAGGAGGCUAUCCGCCAGCAGGAGGUGGAGCAGCUGGACUUUCGUGACCUCCUGGGAAAGAAGGUGAGUACCAAGACCCUGUCGGAAGAAGAGCUGAAGGAGAUUCCAGCUGAGCAGAUGGAUUUCCGCGCCAACCUACAGCGGCAAGUGAAGCCAAAGAUGGUGUCUGAGGAAGAGAGGAAGGUGCAUAGCCCCCAGCAGGUAGACUUCCGCUCUGUCUUGGCCAAGAAGGGGACCCCCAAGACCCCAGUGCCUGAGAAGGCACCACCUGCAAAACCUGCCACCCCGGAUUUUCGCUCGGUGCUGGGCGGCAAGAAAAAAUUACCAGCAGAGAAUGGUAGCAAUAGUGCUGAGGCCUUGAAUGCCAAGGUGGCAGAAAGUCCCAAGGCUGCGAGCAAUGCCCAGCCUUCAGGGUCCCUGAAACCUGUGGGCAAUGCCAAGCCGGCUGAGCCCCCAAAACCUGUGGGCAAUGCCAAGCCUACUGAGACCACAAAACCCUUAGGCAAUGCCAAGCUGGCUGAGACCCUGAAACCCAUGGGCAACGCCAAGCCAGCUGAGACCCUGAAACCAGCCAGGAAAGAAGAACUCAAGAAGGAGGUUAAGAAUGAUGUGAACUGCAAUAGGGGGUAUUCGGGAGCCACAGAGAAUGAAAAAAGAUCAGAGAGCCAAGGGACAGCCCCAACCUUCAAGGAGAAACUACGAGAUGUUCAUGUGGCAGAGGGUGAGAAGCUGCUACUCCAGUGCCAGGUGUCCUCUGACCCCCCAGCCACCAUCACCUGGACGCUGAAUGGAAAGACGCUCAAGACUACCAAGUUCAUCAUCCUCUCCCAAGAAGGCUCCCUGUGCUCCAUCUCCAUCGAGAAGGCGCUGCCAGAGGACAGAGGCUUAUACAAGUGUGUAGCCAAGAAUGAUGCCGGCCAGGCUGAGUGCUCCUGCCAAGUCACCGUGGACGAUGCUCCUUCCAGUGAGAAUGCCAAGGCCCCUGAAAUGAAAGCCCGGAGGCCCAAGAGCUCUCUUCCUCCUGUGCUAGGAACAGAGAGUGAUGCAACUGUGAAAAAGAAACCUGCCCCGAAGACACCUCUGAAAGCAGCCAUGCCCCCUCAGAUCAUUCAGUUUCCUGAGGACCAGAAGGUGCGUGCAGGAGAGUCCGUGGAGCUGUUUGGUAAAGUGACAGGCACCCAGCCCAUCACCUGCACCUGGAUGAAGUUCCGAAAGCAGAUCCAGGAGAGCGAGCACAUCAAGGUGGAGAACAGCGAGGGUGGCAGCAAGCUCACCAUCCUGGCCGCACGCCAGGAGCACUGUGGCUGCUACACACUGCUGGUGGAGAACAAGCUGGGCAGCCGGCAGGCCCAGGUCAACCUGACUGUGGUCGACAAGCCAGACCCCCCAGCCGGCACGCCUUGCGCCUCUGAUAUCCGGAGCUCUUCAUUGACCCUGUCCUGGUACGGCUCCUCGUACGAUGGGGGCAGUGCUGUACAGUCCUACAGUGUCGAGAUCUGGGACUCUGUGGACAAGACAUGGAAGGAACUAGCCACAUGCCGCAGCACCUCAUUUAACGUCCAGGACCUGCUGCCUGACCGAGACUAUAAGUUCCGUGUGCGUGCAAUCAAUGUGUAUGGAACCAGCGAGCCAAGCCAGGAGUCUGAACUCACAGCCGUGGGAGAGAAACCUGAGGAGCCGAAGGAUGAAGUGGAGGUGUCAGAUGACGAUGAGAAGGAGCCUGAAGUUGAAUACCGGACGGUGACAGUCAAUACGGAACAAAAAGUGUCUGACUUCUACGACAUCGAAGAGAGACUAGGAUCUGGGAAAUUUGGACAGGUCUUUCGACUUGUAGAAAAGAAAACUGGAAAAAUCUGGGCAGGGAAAUUCUUCAAAGCAUAUUCAGCAAAAGAGAAAGAGAAUAUUCGUGAGGAGAUCAGCAUCAUGAACUGCCUCCAUCACCACAAAUUGGUCCAGUGUGUGGAUGCCUUCGAAGACAAGGCCAACAUUGUCAUGGUCCUGGAGAUUGUAUCAGGCGGUGAGCUGUUCGAGCGCAUCAUCGAUGAGGACUUUGAGCUGACGGAGCGAGAGUGCAUCAAGUACAUGAGGCAGAUCUCGGAGGGGGUAGAGUACAUCCACAAGCAGGGCAUCGUCCACCUGGACCUCAAGCCCGAGAACAUCAUGUGUGUCAACAAGACAGGCACAAGGAUCAAGCUCAUCGACUUUGGUCUGGCCAGAAGGCUGGAGAAUGCAGGGUCUCUGAAGGUCCUCUUUGGAACCCCGGAGUUUGUGGCACCUGAAGUGAUCAACUAUGAGCCCAUUGGCUAUGCAACAGACAUGUGGAGCAUCGGGGUCAUCUGCUACAUCCUGGUCAGUGGACUUUCCCCCUUCAUGGGUGACAAUGAUAACGAAACUUUAGCCAACGUUACCUCAGCCACCUGGGACUUCGACGAUGAGGCAUUUGAUGAGAUCUCCAAUGAUGCCAAGGAUUUUAUCAGCAACUUGCUGAAGAAAGAUAUGAAAAGCCGCCUGAACUGCACCCAGUGCCUUCAGCAUCCAUGGCUAAUGAAAGACACCAAGAACAUGGAGGCCAAGAAGCUCUCCAAGGACCGGAUGAAAAAGUACAUGGCAAGAAGGAAAUGGCAGAAAACAGGUAAUGCUGUGAGAGCCAUUGGAAGACUCUCCUCUAUGGCAAUGAUCUCAGGGCUCAGUGGCAGGAAGUCCUCGACAGGGUCACCAACCAGCCCUCUCAAUGCAGAAAAACUAGAAUCUGAAGGGGAUGUCUCCCAAGCGUUCCUGGAGGCUGUUGCUGAGGAAAAGCCCCAUGUAAAACCCUACUUCUCUAAGACCAUUCGUGAUUUAGAAGUUGUGGAGGGAAGUGCUGCUAGAUUUGACUGCAAGAUUGAAGGAUACCCAGACCCUGAGGUUGUCUGGUUCAAAGACGACCAGUCCAUCAGGGAGUCCCGCCACUUCCAGAUAGACUACGAUGAGGAUGGGAACUGUUCUUUAAUCAUUAGCGAUGUGUGUGGGGAUGACGAUGCCAAGUACACCUGCAAGGCUGUCAACAGUCUUGGAGAAGCCACCUGCACUGCGGAACUCAUUGUGGAAACCAUGGAGGAAGGAGAAGGGGAAGGGGAAGAGGAAGAAGAGGAAGAGUGAAACAAAGCCAGAGAGAAGCAGUUUCUAAGUCAUAUUACAAAGACUAUUUCUCUAAAGCUCAAAAAACCCAAGACAGUAAAAGCACCUAGUGUAAUAGAGUACCUAGUUAGGUCAUUUGGGGGUCGGUUCUUCAGCAACAGCAGUACAUACCUAGCAGCAUUAUUGAGGGGCAUUAAUAUCAAUUACCUGGCACCUUAAGAUACUACUACAGCUAAAUUUCAUUUUGGUAUAUCACAGCAACUUGCCCAACCAGUUGAUUUUAGAGAGAAAGCGACCAAAAUAAAUAUUUUUCUGGGCAAAGUCACAAAUUCCCCAACCGAAAGCACUCAUGAAAAAUUAGGCCCUGCAGCCACAGCUCAGCCCAGAGGCCCCUGCAGAUGGAGGUCCCUCUCCCAGCUCCUGACUUCAGAGGCCUGGGUCUCCUCCAGACUGAAGCAUUUCACUCUGAAAGCCGUGGAACUGUUUUAACUUACAAGGCACAUUUUAUUCCAAAGUAUACUGUAGACAUUCAGCUCUUCCUUCCCCCUGUUCUACGUGCCAGUUUUUCUGGAUCUGAACUUGGCAUGAGUUUAAGCACUAAGGACAUUACACUUAGAUUCUGAAGGAAGGUUCCCUGCUCAUGGAUGGUUGGCUUUAAGAUGAAACCUCCUUUCUUUCCAAACCAGUAGGAAAUCUAAACUUACCCCUCUUUCAGAUGUCUAGCAGCUUCAGACAUUUUUACAAGAAACCAUAGGGGGAAAAAAUCCUUGCCAUUUGCUUUUCUUCUGAAACCAGGAUUCUUAUUUGUGCUGUUAUAGAAUAUCAGCUCUGCAUGUAUAGUAAAGAUUUUUGUGUUUGUAUGAAAAACCAGUUUGCUGAAAUGUUAGUCUUAGUUAUUUAUUGGGCACUAUGAAACAGAUUUCAACUAAUGAAGAGCUGUAGAACUUUACAUACUUUGGAUUCUCCUUCAGGGUAGUCUGAGUUUAACAUACCUUCAUUCUGAACCCUCUCCAGAGAACUCUGCCUACCUUGUGGGUUCCUGAUGGUUUUUUCCUUGAAUGUGCGUCAAUCAUCCCUUGCCCCCAGCCUUGAAAUAUAGUCUUAGACCUGACAAAUGCACUCAGAAUUGCAUCUUUAGGAAUUUUUAACUUUCUUUCACUACAUUGGCACUUAAAUUUUUCUUUAUAAAACUUUAUGAGGGUCUUAAACACAGACCAUAAACUGAUAUGCCUAAUACAUUUCCUCUGCGUGUGUGUGUAACAUUCCAAAUACUUUAUUCUUUUCCACUGUUUAUAAAGUGCAGUGAUUUAAUAUUUCAAGGGACUUUUUAAUAGUUCCUCAAGAACCAAUUUUAAAUUACUUCAGUGCAAUCCUACACGGUAUCAACAUUAGAAUUUUGAUAUUACUUAGUCUUAUGUUAUCUUCCAUUCUAUCUUAUCUGCUUUUUGCUACUAGUUUCAAAUUGCCAGGAUUUUGGUUUUGUUUGCUUUUUUUUUCUUUUUAAACAGUUACAAUAUUUUUCAUAAUAGCCACAGUAUUGCCACAGUUUAUUAUACAAAGAGUUUUUAAUUUGAUUUAGAGCAUUCAGAGCUUUUCUUCAUCACUUUUGUGUUUAGACUAUAAUCUAUGUGUGUGUAUGUUGUUUGUGUGUACGCAUGUGUGGUGUGUACGUUUGUUUACAGGUUUUUGAUGCCUUCUUGGAGUUGUGUUAAUGUUCUCCCAGUUUACUAUGCCAUCAGAAUGGUAAAUGAGAACACUACAACUGUAAUUAGCUCACAAUUUUUAAAUAAAGGAUACCACAGUGCA